UCUUGGAUAGUCCAGAGACACAUCCCCCCUUCUUCCCUCACUCUCUGUUGUCGUCUCACACCACCAUCUCCGAUUCCACACUCACUGUUUCACCAUCACAGUUCUCUCUUUCACUGUGUCUCAUGGCGAGUCUAGCACGCUUCUCUAGAAGAGCCCUAAGGAGUGCUCACACAAUAGCAAACCGCCACGUGGAAUCGCCACAGCUGCUGCACACAGCUGAGCGCGCUUUUGCGACGCAAGCACCCAAUUCGAUAACUGCAUCGCCGGAUCGGGUGAAGUGGGACUACAGAGGGCAAAGGAAGAUAAUCCCGCUGGGUCAGUGGCUCCCGAAGGUCGCUGUCGAUGCCUACGUGGCACCCAAUGUCGUCCUCGCCGGACAAGUCACUGUCUGGGACGCUGCCUCCGUCUGGCCCGGCGCCGUCCUCCGCGGCGAUCUCAACAAGAUCACCGUUGGAUUCUGUUCCAACAUUCAGGAGCGCUGCGUCCUUCACGCUGCUUGGUCUUCUCCCACAGGCCUUCCAGCUGAGACUUCUAUAGAGAGGUAUGUGACGGUUGGGGCAUACUCCCUUUUGAGGUCCUGCACUAUUGAGCCAGAGUGCAUCAUUGGGCAGCGCUCCAUCCUCAUGGAAGGUUCACUAGUGGAAACACAGUCAAUCCUUGAAGCUGGGUCAGUUCUUCCGCCAGGGAGGCGAAUUCCAUCAGGUGAACUUUGGGCAGGAAAUCCUGCCAGGUUUGUUAGGUCUUUGACCCAUGAAGAAAUAGUAGAAAUCCCCAAGCUCGCUAUUGCAAUAAACGAUCUGAGCAGAGAUCAUUACUCAGAGUUCCUUCCCUAUUCUACAGUAUAUUUGGAAGUUGAAAAGUUCAAGAAAUCAUUAGGUAUUUCUGUUUGAUAUCCCAGGUUGCCAUUCCUCAAUGUUGAUGUUAGCUGGAAUUUUGCUUGUAAGGAAAUAAUAAUGUGAACAGUGAGAGAAAACUUCUGUGUUUUUGUUGUAUUCCUUGCUGCAAGUAACGAGAGUUAAGACAUGAUCUCCCAUAUAAUUGACUCGAGUAAUCUGUUAAGAGACGAGAUGCAUCUUGCGAGAUAUGGGCACUCUUUUUCUACUUCCCCAUUUGAUGGGGGUA